GCUGUUAUUUAUAAUUAACAAAAAAUAAGUAAUUAGUAAGUACUAAAACCGAAUUUCAAACGAGAAUUCCUUAUUUAAUAAAUACACUGUUCAUGGUCAAUCAGAUUUUUUAAGUAAUAUUUGUUUAAUAAGGCUUUGGCGAGAUGGCGACCAUACCGCUGGGUAUCAAAACACAAACACAAAAGUUAUGUAACCUAUAUAAACGAGCCAUACGUAAUUUGGAGUCGUACUAUGAUAGACGACAUGUAUUCCGUUUCCAAGCAGUAUUGCUAAGAGAAAGAUUUGACAAAAUCGCUGCCCUGCAAGACCAGCGUGAAUUUAAUCAACGCCUCCAAGAAGAAGAAGACUCACUCUUUGCAAUCAUACAUCCUAUACCGAAGAAGUUUCCUUUGAGUCCGGGUGGUGUUGCAUAUGCCCGAGUAGUGACUCCGCCUGACUGGGUACUGGACUACUGGCAUCCACUGGAAAAGGCGCAGUACCCUGAAUACUUCAAGCGGCGCGAGGAACGUAAGAAGGAAUUUGUAGCCCUGUGGGAGAAAGAGUUUGGCAAGGAUGAGCCAAAAGAGAAACACCAUUAGACAGUUGUUUUAAGUUAUAAAGUGUAAAUCAAAUAUAUUAGUGCUCAUAA